GACUAUAUUAGCUGCACUUAAAAUCAUCUCAUGAGAGGCCUUUUUAUCUUUUAAUUGUGGAAAUUGCGAAGAAGUAUUUGGUAGAUCUCCUACAGCUUGAGUGAAACUAUGAGUAAGGGAUGAAAAGAGUCAAACGUGUACAAGGAAGGAGUGUAAUUUUGAUUUCUUGACGUACAUGACGUACAGACAGCCAUCAUGCAAAGUGAUUUGAGCGUGCUUGCUUUGAGCAAUGAGUCUAAGUAAAAACUCCAACAACACCGGUACUCUCCAUGCCCUUUGUGGCAGAGGCGCCGUUAAUGAGAUCAGCAAGUUCCUCAAGGAUUCAUUGAGCUUUGCAAACCAGUUAGAAGAACGUGUCGGUUUUCUUGGUUAUACCCCUCUUCAUGAAGCUACACACAGAGGACAUGUUCCAAUUGUGAGACUCCUAUUGCUAUAUGGAGCCAAUCCAAAUGCAACUGCAAAUGGCUUUUACACGUGUCUGCAUAUGGCAGCAUCAAUGGAUAACGAGGAUUGCGUUAAGGAAUUACUCAAAUACAAAGCUGACAUAACCUGUCGCGAUGAGUUUGGGAAGACUCCUUAUGAAACUGCAGUGAUUCACAAGUGUAAAAACACAGCAAGGAUAUUGAAAAGUGCUGAAAUUUUAAAACUUGCUCAAGAAAACAGCCCUCAGCUGACCGAAAUCUUAAGAUCAUUGAAAAAAGACAGUAUUUCCCCAACAUGUUUGCAAGAGGCUUUAGAGAGAGCUUCUGAAAAGGGCCAUGUAGAUGCCAUGCAGUCUAUCAUCUUGGCUGGUGUCAAAGAGUCUUUAAAGUUUGAUGACUGUAUUGUCAUGUCUUUGCAGUUUAAUUUCAUUAAGGCAUUAUCUGUGCUGCUUGUUUGUUAUGCUGCACAGAAUGGACAUGUGGAGAUGUUACAAUAUUUGUUGGAUGGUCACCAGAAACAGGAGCAAAAGGACAUUGCUUUGAAACAGCUUCCAUUUUCUAAAAAUUGCCACAGUCAUAUUGUGAACAUAAGGACAUGUUUGAAAGAUAAAGAAUUACUCCGUGUUGCAGUCCCCCUACAGCUCUCGCUUCACAACAAACAUAAAGAAGCUACUAAAGCCCUUCUACUAGGAACCAACUGUGACCAAGAAAGGCGGGAAAUAGAAUGGAAAAAGUUGGCUCUUCGUGAACUUGAUCCAUCAAUUUUCAGAAGCAUUAGAUGGGUGGAAAGGUUGCAGUUAUCACACAAUAUGUUGACUUCUGUUCCCAGAGAUAUAGUUGACCUGCAUAAACUUUGCCGCCUUAACUUAGAAAACAACCAACUUGAAAGAAUUCCAAGUGGUUUACUGAAAAUGAAUUGUUUAAGGAUUCUAAAUUUAUCCAAAAACAAGCUGACAGAACUUCCAAAGAAAAGUCACUGGUCUCCAUCUUUGACAACACUAUAUGUCAAUGAUAACCAACUUGAAGAUCUGCCAAGGAACAUCACUGGAUCAAAGCUGAAAAAUCUGUAUAUUGCUAGAAAUAUGUUGUAUGAAGUGCCACCACAUGUUUGUGAGGUUCUCACUCUAGAGACUUUGGACUUAUCUGGUAAUAGCAGACUAACUCAACUACCUGUACAGAUGGGAAAGUUGACCAAUAUAUCAACACUGAAUUUAGAUAACCUUGAUCAGGUGACAGACCCACCAGAAAACAUUAAAAAGAGUGGAGCCAAAACCAUCAUGUACCUCCGAGCAAAAUUACGCAAUGCGAAAGGGUACUACUCCAUGAAACUGAUGCUUGUUGGCCGAGCAGCACAGGGCAAGACUACCUUAAUGCAUAGGCUGAUGUAUGAUUACACUUACAACCUAAACAGCGCUACUAAUGGUAUAUCCAUGGAAGAGUUUAGAAUCAGAAAAGACGUCUUCCACAAGGAAUAUCUGUUCAGAAUGUGGGAUUUUGGUGGCCAGGAGGAUUAUUACGCUACACAUCAAUGUUUUCUCUCCACGUUAUCCUUGUACAUUUUAGUUUGGAACUUAGAAGAAGGAGAAGAGGGUGUGGCCAAACUGGAAGGGUGGCUAGACACGAUCUCAUCGCGUGCCCCUGGAACAUGCUUGAUAAUUGUUGGAACACACGUGGAUAAGAUCAGAAAGGACAAGGAUAAGUAUGAUGAAAACUACCUGACAAGAAUGCAUGAUUAUGCAGAGAAGUUGAAAUCACAGGAUAAAUAUCAACGUAUUUUUGUGAUUGGUAUCAAAGAAGUCAGCUGUGCAAUAGAUUCACGAGAAGGUAUCGACGAAUUGCGCAUUGCUAUUUAUGAUGCAGCUUCCGCGAUGCUCAAAGUCAAUGGGACAAGCGAGGUGUCAGUGAUGGGAGAGCUGAUUCCUCACAGUUAUCUGCUUAUUGAAGAACUCAUGAAGACAAUAAGGGACAACUACAAAAAAGCCAACGAACUUCCUUUUAUUCGCCGAGCAGAGUACGAGGCAUUAGUCACGGAUACCAUAAAACAUGAUGGGUCAGAUGUUGAGGAUCCUAAUGACGUCAGAGAUGUCACAAAAUUCUUACACGAAAGAGGUAUAGUGAUGCAUUACGACGAUCCAAACCAAGAUUUACAAGACUACUACUUCAUUGAUCCAUCUUGGUUGUGUGAUCUGAUGGCUCGUAUAGUUACCCUAAAGGAAGCCAAUCCUUACGGCAUCAACGGAAUACUCUUCAAAGACAAAUUUGAGUUCAUUUUCAAAGAUGAACGUUUUCCUCUUAAAUACUAUGCACAAUUUGUUCGUCUGCUAAACCGCUUUCAGAUCGCUUGUUCGCUUGAUGAGAACAGACUUCUUGUUCCUUCAAAGUUGCCAGAAGAGAAGCCAUCAGAAGCGACUAACCUAUCACUACCAUUCAUUACCAUCAAGAGAAUUCAUUCUCUUCCUUUCAUGCCAUAUGGUUUUUGGGACAGAUUUAUGGCUAGAUUAUUGUACUAUACAGAAGAUAUGCUGUCAUCUGGGUGCUCCAAUGAAAGAGGGCCCAACAGUCCAGGCGGUCCCGAAAUUGACCAUUUAAGUCCAUUCCUCCUUGAUCCUUUCUGCUGCAAGUGUCCUUUAAGCUCUAACAGUGUUGCCAUUGGCUUGCAAGAUUCUGAUGUUGAAUCGAAGUCCAAUGAAAGCUCUUCCAAAUUCUCUGCAGAGCAAGGUGACCAAGCAGUGAGUUAUUCACCCAAUGAAAAUUCACCUCCAACUGAGGAGGCUUCUUACCUCAAUGAAGAUAUUGAUGUUGACGACGAAGAAGACAAUGAAGAAGAUGAAUUUCGUUAUGUGAAUGUUGGGCGAUAUGUGGAUGAAGACGAGGUCGAUGUACAUGACGGUGUUCGCAUCAAUGGACAGUGGUUUGGACAGGAAGGGUCGUCAGGUGAUUCAGAUUUCGGCUACAGCACUGAUGAAGACGGGGAGCAAGCGUUGGGGCUUGGUUUAAAGGAUGGAUUGUACCGCCCUCGCUUCGUUCGUGGAAGAGAAGUGAAUUAUAAGAGAAAACCACAAGAAAGAAAAAGAAACUCGAAGUCGAGAACAAGUUCCGCGCCCUUUAGCGUCUCGCCAGAAAGCUUUGAGGAUCAUUCCACAAAAGAAAACUCAAUCAGCUCAUCUCAAUCAUCAUCUUUAAACCAACAAUCGCCAGAAAUACUUAAUGGCGAAAAGAAGUAUAAUUCCAGUUCUUUAUCAAAUAGAAGCGGCUUGUGGAACGAAACAGCUUAUAGUCGCUCUUCUGAAGGCAGCGGUUCCAGCCAUUCAAGUUCACACUCAAAUCUUGAUGCAUCAUCUAACUCCCCCUUGAAAGCUAACCUGGUAUUCGAAAGAAAUUUGUCAGCUGAAUCAUCCGAAAGUGUCGGAAGCCACUCAAUAAGUUCUGAAUUUCAAGGAAAACCUUCAAGUAGCAGUAAAAAAGCACAGUAUGAAAAUCAGAUUCAAGUKAUCAACCAACAACCUCUCGAUCAGUCGGUGGUAGUAGAGGAAACUCAGAAAAGUAGCUGCGAAAUCGAAAUUGAAUCUGAUAUGUAUUUAUCAUGUAAUCAAAGCACGAGGAGAGUCUCAGAAGACUCUUGUAAACUACUUCCUACGAUAGAACAAUACCUCAAGAUCAAUGAUCACGAAAAGAAAAGUGAGGACUCACUUCAACCUGAUGACUUCCUACAGAAAUCUGUUGAUGACACAUCUACACAUUCUUCAUCCAAGAAAGAAAGUAAAAUAGAAGUUUCGUUGAAUUCUCGGGAAUUAGAUACUGCUUCUUUCAAUGAGCCUGAAGACUAUGUCCCAAGUCGUGACACUCUAUUAGAAAGAGACGAAUCUUCAAAUAACAAGGAAAAACCAGCUGUGAAGGAUCGAACACCAACAACAGUUGUCCCAGAAGACGUUCAUCUUGGAAGACAAGCCUUGAUUCAAGAACCAACUCACGAAGCCAACUGUCGAGCUCGAAAAGAUUUCGUUUUUAGUAAUCUAUCAGACAUUCCAACUGAUCUUAGCAGUUUAAUUGAUGGUGGUUCAUUGUUCUGCUGGCGAACUGGAAUAUGUCUUAAUCACGAACGAUUGUUUUUUUCGAUAUCCACCAUGAAGGACCCAUCUGAAGACCGUGUGCUUAUAGUCACCGAGGUUACUCCAAGUCGUGUUGGAAGAAGAGUUCUGAACUAUAUAGUUGAUCAUAUAGACACUCUCAUUAAAGAGUGGUACCCUGAUCUGUCGUUAAGUGAUGGUAUUGGGCCACGCGUUAGGCAGUACAUUCCUUGUGUCUUAUGUGAACGACACGGCAUCAAACCCCAUCGUUUUUCGUUUGUGGAAUGUCAAUUGCAAAGCGCUCAAGCAGACAAUAUUCCUUGUCCUAAUCAUAGUGGAACGGAUCUUAGUCUACACUUAGUAGCUCCGGAUGUGAUGCUGCAAGAUGUCGAUCCUCAACUUUUGCUUUCCAAAGACGAAAUUCAAUUUGAUGAAGGUGAAUCUAGUCAGAUUGGAUCAGGAGGAUUUGGAAAAGUGGUCCGAGGAAAGUGCCGUAAUCAGCAAGUUGCAAUCAAAUUCUUUGUUCAAAACGAUGAAACCGAUCCUGUGAAACACUAUUUCGAAGCUAGAAAGGAAUUGAACGUCCUUCGUCGUGUAAGGCAGCAUCCUUACCUUAUCAGCAUCAUUGGGGUGUGCCUGCGACCACUGUGUUUGGUCCUAGAACUAGCGGAAAAAGGAAAUCUCCAAGACUCGUUGUACAGUUCGAUGGCUAUUAACCGAAUUGUUUUAUUCCGCAUUGCAUACCAAGUUGCUGAUGCUUUGUCGUAUCUUCAUACUUUGAAUAUCAUUUACCGAGAUUUGAAGCCAGAGAACAUUUUGGUCUGGUCGCUUGAUGAAAGAGAUGACCUUCAUGUCAAGUUGAUUGACUUUGGAACGGCCAACUUUGCUACGUCUACCGGCUUAAUAUCAGUCAAAGGGACGCUUGGAACCAAAGCCCCAGAAAUGCUACAAUUAUCAGAAAAGAAAGAAGAGUACACUAUGAAAGUUGAUGUUUAUUCCUAUGCUGUCCUGUUAUUCCAAAUGGUUGUUCGUGAGCGGCCGUUUUUAGAGUUUGACUCAGAGCCAAUGAUAAAUGCAGCAGUUGUGCGAGGAGAAAGACCGAAGUGGAGUAAAUGUCACCUGUCACGCUACGGUCUUCCAUCCCUGUCUGAAUUAAUGCUUCAGUGCUGGCUAAGCAAACCAACGCUAAGACCCAAUUCGGUGCAAAUUGCCCAGCAGGUUCGAAUGCCUGCCUUUCAAGCUCUCCUUGGUAAGCAAUAUAUCCCUUCCCAGCAGUCUGUGCGUCAUGCUUGUCUGGUUCCAGAAAGGAAGGAAUUGUGGAUUGCAUGUGAUGAUCCAUCAUCCAAUAAGAUUUUCAUCUUCGAUUGCAAUAACCUCGAUUUGAAGCAUACAUUUGCAAUAGAAAGCUACCACGAACACAAGUAUACCCUUCAAAUCCAAGCCCUUCACCAUGUAGCCGAGCUAAUGCUGAUUGCAGUUAGAGGACCCGUCCAUUUCAUAUCGGCAUACUCGACUUCACCUCGUUACAAUAACGUGUGCUCCGUUCCGUUAGACGAACAAGCUACAUGUAUGACGUCAGAUGAUUCGUAUAUAUAUGUUGGAAUGAAUGAGGGUCGUGUACGUUGCAUUUUGAAGAAAGAUUUCAAGAAGCCAGAAAAGAAGAGAAACGACCAUUUGAUCAACGUGGAACGACACUGCAUCCUGUCGCUGGUUGCCACGGAAGAGAAGCUGUGGGUGUCGUCUAGUAAGUAUAUAUUUACUUACUUUACCAAGACUGCUGAAAUGGAGGCUUUUGACAUGGAAUCGUUGUGGUAUGGAGGUUCUACUGGCAUGGAAGACAAACACCAAACAAGGAUUACCAAUCUAACAAUCUUUGAUCAACAACACGUGUGGAGCACAUGCAGGUCUGUCCUAACAAAAUGGUGUGCAGCUCAAAGACAAAUAAUCUUCGAGAUUGACUGUUUACCAAUAAUCCAAUCCAUUGAUCACAGUAGAAAGCUACACGAGAGUGAUUCGUGUAUUCUUUGUAUUAGUCCAGUGUUGGAUACCAUGUGGGCAGGAACGGCUGGUGGACACAUUCUUAUCUUCAGAGCAGACGAGCCAAAGCUUCUGACCUGGUUUCACCCGUUUGGUGAAGUAAGAACACUAUCAACGUGCAUUGGUCCAGGUCCUUGUGGCACUGAACUGUGCUUGGUAUUUAGUACUGGUAAAAGUCUGCGUGCGGAUGGCCUGGGAACGCGAGAUCCAGUGGUAUGUCCUUUGACCUCUGAGCGCGUGCGCCAAGUGCCUGAUGACCUGUCAACCAAAUUCCAAGCGGAGCAAUCUCGUUACAAGUCCCGGAGAAAGAGUUCGUCGGCCUCCAGGAAUAAAUCAGACAGUAUAUUUUAUGUGGACGGUGAUGCAGUUGACGCUGCUAGGCGAGCCUUGUUCAAGUGUUCAAUGUUAGUAUGGGAAGCUGUUCCUGCUAACGUUCUUGCAAGGAUGGAAGCCAAGAGUGGACGAGUUCCAGUGGUAGUACACAGGGGAUGCUCUCCCGAGGAAGAUCAUUAAAUUAAUAUCGACCGAAUGGACUGCUCCGAUAAAUUAUCGAUUUACAGAUCAAUUAUUGAACAUGACUCCGACGACUGUCCGCUUAGGACAUUAUUCCAUCCUACAGAAAAACUGUACACAUUUUAGAUUUUAAUUUUAAAAAUGAUAUAAACAUGAAAGUGUUUUAUACAAAUUGAGACAAAAUAUGUAUAGAGAUAAAUGUUAUGUAAAAUAUGAAAUAGCUAUGAAAAAUGUACCCUUAAACUUGAGAUUAAUCAAGGCAUAAUAAAGACUAAAAAUUCCUCGUA